GCCAGGAUGGCAGCACUGAACCUGGAGAACCAGCUGCACAGCGCCCAAAAGAAUCUGCUUUUUCUCCAGAGGCAGCACGCAGAUACCCUCAAGGGGCUGCACGCCGAGAUCCGCCGCCUGCAGCAACACUGCACAGAUCUGACCUACGAGUUGACUCUCAAAAGUUCAGACUUGACAGAAAAUGGGAUUUCGAGGAGCGAAGAGCUCAGAAGGAAAUGCGAAGAGCUGGAGGCCCAGCUUAAAGCGAAGGAGAUGGAAAACAAUGAAUUAUUAAAAGAGCUCGAGCAAAAGAACGCCAUGAUCGCGGUGCUCGAGAACACGAUCAAGGAGCGGGAGAAGAAAUACUUGGAAGAAUUAAAGAUGAAAAGCCAUAAAUUAAACAUGCUCUCCAGCGAACUGGAGCAGCGGGCCAGCACCAUCGCCUACCUAACCUCCCAGCUCCACACCACGAAGAAAAAACUCAUGAGCUCCAGCGGGACGUCGGACAGCUCUCCGUCCGGAAGCCCCGUGCUCUCCGGCUACAAACCCGCUCCUCCCAAAGAGAAGCUUCCAGAAACUCCGCGGCGCAGGAUGAAGAAGAGCCUGUCCACGCCGCUCAACCCCGAAUUCGAGGAGGCCUACCGAUUAGGCUCGGAGAGCCGCAAGCUGCUGCUGCGGGAGCCGGUCGACGCCAUGCCUGACCCCACGCCCUUUUUACUGGCCAGAGAAUCCACGGAGCUGCACCUUCUGAAAGAGAGGCCUUUAGUCAUCCCCCCCAUCCCAUCUGAGCGCGCUUCGGCCGAGCCCCACAGCCCGGCCCGGGAGAGGCAGCACAAGAGCCACGUGGGGGUGGCGCACCGCAUCCAUCAUGUCCCACCUCCCCAGCCCCACCAGCCGCCCGAGGUGGAGACGCUGGCCGUGGACCAGGUGAACGGAAGCAAAGUGGUUCGGAAGCAUUCGGGGACAGAUCGGACUGUUUGA